AUGCCUCCGCCGCUCGCAAACAAAGGCAAAGGAAAGGGCCGCGAGGUCAGACGAUCUCGCAGUCGCAAUACCACUCCAAGCUCUGUCAGCACUAGCACCGUAACCGGUAUUGGUUAUCUAGACAACGACAUCUCAAAGAUUCUGGUUUCAACCUCCGUGCAGUAUUCCGACAUUCUCGAUAAGCUGGGCGGAAGUGGUCAGAUCCCCGAGCCAAAGGCUCUUGAGUCGUUGGUUGAACACCUCAAAACUCUGAGCCAGUUGGCCGAAGUCAGAAGCGAUGCGUGUAAUGCGGGAAUACGGGAUCUAUCGCAGAAACGCAAGGAAGCAUUUGAAGAACUGAGGGAACGCGAACAAAUAGACCGAGAUGCAGAAGAACGAUUGAGAAUGAAGAGAGAGGCAGACGAUGAUGAGGACAUGGGGCGGGCUUCAAAGGGAGGUAAAUUGAAGAAGAGAAAGGAUAGAGGGGCUGCCAAAGAGGAGAGACCCUUAUCACAUGGAGCUCAUACUGUAGCCAGACAGGAUGGAGCAGAUAUGAAGUCAGACAUCCCUCAUCGUCGCAGUGGGAAAGAUGCAACCAGAACAGCUUCGCCUCCAUCGAAAAAAUCAAAAAUUAUCGUGUCAAGCACUUCUUCUCUCUCUCCAACACCAUCUCCAACCGCCACCGGCGCCGGAGAUCAGCUCUCGGCUGCAGGUUCGCCUGACUCGAUGGAUAGUUCUGAUUCCCAUCAGCCCGAACCUGCGCCCUCUGUUCAGCAGUACCAAUUUUUUGGCCCUGAUCCGCUUACGUUUGAUGAUCCCACCAUUUAUCAUAUCCGAGAUGUUACCGUUGACAUGACAGACGAGGAGAAGAAGGAGAUAUAUUGUGUCGCUCAGUUUCCAAAGAGCGAUCUUAGCCAUUUGAUGACAGGAACCCCUCCAGACAAAGAUUUCAGUACUUCAAAACCAACCAACCAAGUCAGCGCCAAUACGUUUGCUACCUAUAUUGAGCCGUAUGUUCGUCCUCUCACGGAAGAGGACAUUGCGUUUCUCAAAGAGAGAGGUGACCGCACAACUCCUUUCCUUAUGCCACGCCGAGGCAAGAAACACUAUACUGAUAUCUGGGCUGAGGAGGAUGGGUCAAUCAAUGUUGAUUCGUCGAAUCAAGAGCGAGAACAGUUACCUCUGAAUCAAGGUCGCGGCAGUAUCGACCAAGUGACGGAUGAAACCGCAGAAACUCAACAAAUCUCUGCGCCACCCCUAGUCAGCCGCCUGUACUCGUUGUUGCGCUUCGAACAUCGCACACUUCCAGUUGAAAGUGCUGCUGGAUCUACUUCUAAUAAUGAGGAUACUAACAUGAAUGGCACCAUGAAUGGGGAUGCAAUGGAUUUAGACAAUCUGCUUGGGGUAGAAACUGAGGCCAAACCAUUGAACUCUGCCACCACUUUUGCUGAUGCUUCCCCGAACGGUUUCAAAGUACCCGCCGCUAAGCUUGAACACGGACAGCUCGACGAGAGACUGAAAGCCGAGCUUCGAUACGUUGGGCUUUUCGGACAAAAUGAUAACCCAGACUACGACGCGCACUAUGACGAUGAUAUCGCGGAACGUUUACGUCUCCUGCAAGCAGAGCUAAAGAAGCAAAUGAUCAUCAACGGGUCUCGCAAAGCACGUCUACUAGAGAUCGCCCGUGAACGCCUUGCAUACCAAGAAUACAGCACGAUCCACGACGACUUGGAUUCACAGGUGCAGCAGGCGUAUCUCAAACGCACGCGCACGCUUGGCAAGAGCAAGAAAGGCUCGCAGGCUAAACAUAGACCGGGCGGAGCUGGUGGCGGAAGCCAUCUUGUCGCAUCCAGUGCUUCGGGGAUUGGCGUAAGCAGACCUGGCAUUGGCGAUGUGGCACGCACGCUGAUGGAUCGCCGGAAGCGGUGGGCUGAUUGCAUUGGGCCUGUGUUUAAGGAUUGUAAAACGACAGUGCCAGGGAAGGAUGAGAGUAUUUUUGACCCAGUGGUGAUGGAGGAGUAUGAAAAAGCGGAGGUGGAGGGUUGGGAUGAGGAGCAAGAGUAG